UAAUAAAAACUUUAAGCAGAAUGACCGCAUCGACCACCGCAACGACGUGCGUGGCCGACCACGAGCGCCCCCACCAACUCCAGAAGCUUCAGAAGCUCAUGCCACACGACUGCUCCAUUGUGGUGGCGGCCAAGACUGGCGAAGACGUUGAGUUGCCGUCCGUGCCACGGCCGCACGGCCUCCAGAGUAGUCUUCGAAUGGACCUGGAGGCGCACCGACGCUGGAAUGCAAGCUUGUCCGUAGGCUUUCUCAACAGCGUGGACCGUAUCGAGAUCAACGAGACUCGUGUCGAUGACGAGAACAAGACUGUGUACUACUCACUUGAGGUGUAUCUGAGUCUACCAACGUCGCGCCUUCCCGCGAGCUCGACAGACGCGUCCUCUCCUCGUCACCAUGCGGCGCACCCAACAUUCAAGGUGGAGCGAUGCUUCGCCGAGUUCGAGGAGUUGCGCGAGAACGUGCUGAGGUCUGUGAGCCACAUGCCGCAGUGCACGUGCCAGUACUGUGUCGAUUUCCUCAUCUACAUCCGCUACAAGUACAGCCAGCCUCGCGGCAUCAUCAAACUCACCUCUGGUACUGAAAAACGCAAGCAAAUUCUCACAAAGUUUAUCAACGACUUUGUGGCCAUGGGGCAACGUCGAGCACCGAAGCUUGGCAAGCGCAAAUGCGACGCGCAGAAGCUUGUACCAGCGAUGCUGGAGUCGUUUUUGCUCAGCAACGCAAGGGGCUGCUAA